AUGUCGGCCGCUAUACCUAAACAGCUUAUGAUUGUAUUGCAAAAUGGGUCAUACAAGGUGCUCUCGCUGGGCGCCGAUGUGCUGCCAGAGUACAAACUGCAGCCGACGCGCAUCCACCACUGCACCAUCGUGCAUUACAGUCAAAGAAAAGGGAAAAGGGCUCGAAGGAAGGAGGAAGAGGACCUAAAAAAAUACUUAUGGUGUCGGAAAAUUUAUAAUUUAUUUGUAGUUUUUGAAGUGUUGCCAUGUAAUAGUCGAUGUGGUGGCGGUGCCGCCGGCGGUAGCCGUGCUAUGCGACUUGCCGUCCGAGCUGUGCCAGAAAGGUAA